AUUUUCCUUAUAGCUUCUGUACUGCACAUGAAUUGAAACCUAUAAAACCCCAACACCACUUCACACUUUACACACAUCCAUAUAUCCUUCGAAAACCACUCACUCAACUAUUUAGUUCAAAAGAAAAAACAAGAGAAAAAAAAAAUGGUUUUCUGUGGCAACAGCACUGAAGAGAGUGAACUGCAUCAUGCUCAAAUUCAUUUGUACAAACACGUAUACAACUUUGUGAGUUCCAUGGCUCUUAAGUCUGCUAUGGAAUUAGGCAUAGCAGACGUAAUCCAUAGCCACGGAAAACCCAUGACUAUUUCCGAGUUAUCCUCAGCUCUCAAAUUGCACCCUUCAAAAGUGAGUGUCCUCCAACGCUUUCUCCGCCUUUUAACGCACAAUGGGUUCUUUGCAAAAACAAUAUUGCCGUCAAAGAACGGUGUAGAAGGAGGAGAAGAAAUAGCGUAUGCUCUUACUCCUCCUUCGAAGCUUCUAAUAAGAAACAAGUCAAUAUGUUUGGCGCCUAUUGUGAAGGGAGCUCUUCAUUCGAGCUCCCUUGACAUGUGGCAUUCCUCCAAGAAAUGGUUCAGUGAGGAUAAGGAACUGACACUGUAUGAGAGUGCAACUGGGGAGAGUUUCUGGGACUUUCUCAACAAAACCACUGAAUCUGACACGCUGGGUAUGUUUCAAGAUGCCAUGGCUGCAGAUUCUAAGGUGUUCAAACUUGCACUCGAGGAAUGCAAGCAUGUGUUCGAGGGAUUGGGUUCCCUCGUCGAUGUGGGUGGUGGAACUGGUGUUGUCACAAGACUCAUCAGUGAAACCUUCCCUCACUUGAAAUGCACUGUGUUUGACCAACCACAGGUUGUGGCUAAUUUAACUGGAAACGAAAAUUUGAACUUUGUUGGUGGAGAUAUGUUCAAGUCCAUCCCCUCUGCCGAUGCAGUUUUACUCAAGUGGGUUCUGCAUGAUUGGAACGAUGAACUCUCUGUGAAGAUAUUGAAGAACUGCAAAGAAGCUAUUUCAGGGAAAGGGAAAGAAGGAAAGGUUAUAAUUAUAGACAUAGCAAUUGAUGAAGUAGGUGAUGAUCGCGAAAUGACUGAAUUGAAGCUAGACUAUGAUUUAGUGAUGUUGACUAUGUUUAAUGGAAAAGAAAGAGAAAAGAAAGAGUGGGAGAAACUAAUUUACGAGGCAGGAUUCAGCAACUACAAAAUUAUUCCCAUAUGUGGAUUCAAAUCUCUCAUUGAAGUUUAUCCUUAAUUUAUUAUUAGAAGCUGUUGUAAUCGUUGUGUACUACGGUUUCAUCUUGUUAAAGCAUUUUCCUAAUCUGUUCUUUUAUGUUUAAAGCUUCGAUACAAUAUAAAUAAAAAUAAUUAGACUUUAUAUUAAAAAAUAUUAUAUGAUAUUUUCAA